AUGGCCUUAUCCCGAGGGUUAUCUCAAUAUUUUGUCUAUGUUUAUAGCUUCAUCGCGUGCUUGUUGUUGCAAGGAGCUGCUGCGGGAAAGAAUAGCGCUGCUGGUGACCUUGGGAGUGGCAAGGCGGGUUAUGUUUAUGGACAGCCUAUGCCGGUUACUUGCUUGAAUCGGACGAUUGACUCCGGCGAACAUAUAACAGACAGCCUCGGAAAACUCCAAUACAUCCCCUUCCCAACCUGCAACGAAACUUUCCUCCCCCUCGCCCUGCGCUACGGCGUCCCAGAAACAGUCAACUGCACCGUCGACUCCCUCCCCGAUGAACUCUACCACCUCCUUGAAUACUACAUCCACUCGGAUGUGCCGAUGACAUGUCGCGUGCCGACGGCUCCUCUUACACCGUCCGCGCCGUCCUCAGAAGAAGACGCCAAAGAUAAAGAGAAUGGAGAAGGGACUGGUUUGGAUACUGGGGAGCCGUCGUAUACUCCGUUGACGUUUGCACUGCAGGGGACCCUGCAGCGCAGUCAUUUGCAUAUCUGGACGGAUAUGAAUGUGCUUGUGCACAAUAUUCCAUCGACGCCUGGAUCGUCGGCGAAUAAGAAGAGCAAGAAGAAAGCGCAGAAAGCAGCGCCGGGGUACCCCGUCGCGGGAACGGCGUAUUCGAUCCCCGAGUUCCACGCUUCCGAUCUCGAAAGCCAAAAGUCUUCCUCUUCCAGCAAAGAGAAGGAGAAGGACACCGCCGUUGCAAUCUCAGAAGCUGCGCGUGACCCCUGGACCGCAGGCCACGGCACAAAAGUGAUCCGUGGUGAGCCGCUCACCUUCACAUUGCACGUCCACUGGGUCGAAGGCGGGAAAGGAAUCGGGUGGCCGUCCGGAUCGACGUCGUUGAUUCCAUCGUCAGCGUCCGCUGAAGAAUCGUCCGGCUGGGGUGCUCUCUUCUCCAGAUUGUUCUUCUUCGGCCUGGCUGGUUCUGUCGGUGCAAUGGCGGCAUUGUACUGGGAGCGAAAUGGUGGUCGUCGACGCGGUUGGAGAGGUGAUGGGAUCCUUGGUGUCCCGCCGCCAUCUUCCCGUGGUAAGGUCCCUGCUGGGAUUGUUUAUGGGAAUAGUGGACGGAUGAAUGGGUACGGAGGGUUUUCUGCUACUGGUGGCUCGUCUGGGACGGGAGGCACUGGGUAUGGGGGGUUUUCGACUGGGAAGAGAGAUUAG